AGGACGGUUGGUCACGCUAACUACAUCGCCAAUGCCGACAGCGAUAAGGCUGAGUGGUCUCUGCACGCAAUUUUGGGAGAUUUGGACUUGGACCUAGCUACUGUGAUCCCUGACUUUGACAUAGAUGGUUGCAAAUACACGCCCUGUCCCGUCAAAAAGGGCGAUAAGAAGGAGUUUUCAUACAAGUUAACUAUUCCCGACGACACCCCUACCGUCGAGGGUGCUGUUAAGGCCAGACUCAUCGGCGAUAAGGGAGAUCUGUUCUGCGGAACCGUCCAUGAAUACUUUACAGUUGUUAACAUAAUACAAACCAGACACAUGAGGAUUGUCCUCAAUGUCCACUAUUACCCGCAAAUAGUGCUCCCAGAUAACGAUUUUUCUAUAUGUUAUCGGAAAGAGCAAAUGUAUACCUGGAAAAUACCUAGUGAGGCACUUUCUAGCAAGGCACCGUGCCUCGAACAGAUUAUAAAAAUAACAAUGUUUAAGAUUGGUUGUUUUGUGCUGUUAAUUACCGCUGUCUCAGCCUGGCCGCCUCCCAUAGAUUGUGGACACGCUGAGAUAACCAACAUUGACAUCACCGGCUGCACAACCAUACCCUGCACUUUUCAUAAGGGAAAAGAGGUUACCAUUGAUAUUGACUAUAUCGCCAACCAAAAUAGCACAAAGUCAGAGUUUAGUUUUCACGCCAUUGUUGGUGGUUUGGAUCUGGACUUGUCUACAUUGAUCCCUGGCUUUGACUCCGAUGGUUGUCACGACACUCACUGUCCCAUCAAAAAGGGUGGAAAGAAACAAUUCUCAUACAAUCUGACCAUUCCUAUGGCCGCCCCUACCAUCGAGGCUGAAGCUAAACUCAGACUUAUUGGUGAUAAGGGAGACCUGUUCUGUACAACUCUUUACGGAGUCAUUAAGGAUUAA